AUGGAUGUGCUGAAGAAAGGAUUCUCCAUCGCCAAAGAGGGAGUGGUGGCAGCAGCCGAGAAGACCAAAGCAGGGGUGGAGGAGGCAGCCGCCAAAACCAAGGAAGGGGUCAUGUAUGUAGGCACAAAGACGGUGGAAGGUGUGGUAUCAGGUGUGAACACAGUCACACAGAAGACCACUGAGCAGGCCAAUGUGGUGGGGGAGGCAGCGGUCGCCAGUGCCAACCAGGUGUCGGAGAAAACAGUGGAAGGGCUGGAGAACGUCGUCGCGUCAACCGGUCUGGUGAAUACGGGGGAGCAGUCCCAGCCUGAGGCAGCAGUGGAGCCAGCUGCAGAUGCUGGGCAGUAG